GGAGCCACGGAGGAGGCUGUGGACAGUGACAGUUUAAGAGCAGCUGCCAAGCCCCUAAACACACUCAGAGCUCUGGGACAUAUUUCAGCUGCCACACAGCGGACACCUGCAGCUGCCUCCGGCAUGGACGGUGUGAGCACAGCCAUCUUUCUCCUGAUCCUGGCUCUGGUCUGUCUGUUCCUGACCCUCAGCUCAAGGGACAAAGGCCAGCUGCCCCCUGGGCCCAGGCCCCUCCCACUCCUGGGCAACCUGCUUCAGCUUCGAUCCCAAGAUUUGCUGACUUCACUCACUAAGCUGAGCAAGGAGUAUGGCUCGGUGUUCACAGUGUACCUGGGGCCUAGGAGGGUAGUAGUCCUCAGCGGGUACCAAGCUGUGAAGGAGGCCCUCGUGGACCAGGGGGAGGAAUUCAGUGGCCGUGGUGAAUACCCUGUAUUUUUCAACUUCACUAAGGGCAAUGGCAUCGCCUUCUCCAAUGGAGAGCGCUGGAAGGUCCUAAGAAGGUUCUCGCUCCAAAUUCUCCGCAACUUCGGGAUGGGAAACAGGAGCAUCGAGGAGCGGAUCCUGGAGGAAGGCAGGUUCCUGCUGGAGGAGCUGCGAAAAACCGAAGGCAAGCCCUUCAAUCCUCUGUUCAUGCUGAGCCGCUCGGUGUCCAACAUCAUAUGCUCAGUGGUCUUCGGCAGCCGCUUCCACUACGAUGAUGAGCGGCUACUUACCAUCAUCCAUCUCAUCAAUGACAACUUCCAGAUCAUGAGCACACCCUGGGGCGAGAUGUACAACAUCUUCCCGAGCCUCCUGGACUGGUUGCCCGGCUCACAUCGACGUAUGUUCCAGAACUACGGGCGCAUGAAAGAGCUCAUCGCUCGCAGCGUCCAUGAACACCAGGCUUCCCUAGAUCCCAACUCUCCCCGGGACUUCAUCGACUGCUUCCUCACCAAGAUAGCACAGGAGAAAAAGGACCCCUUCAGCCAUUUCUUCAUGGACACCCUGCUGAUGACCACGCACAACCUGCUCUUUGGUGGCACCGAGACAGUGGGCACCACACUGCGCCAUGCCUUCCUCAUCCUCAUGAAGUACCCAAAAGUGCAAGCUCGUGUGCAGGAGGAGAUCGACAGAGUGGUGGGGCGCGCUCGGCUACCUUCUCUGGAUGACCGCAAGGCCCUGCCUUACACUGAUGCGGUGAUCCAUGAGGUGCAGCGCUUCGCAGACGUCAUACCUAUGAAUUUACCUCACCGUGUCAUUCGGGAUACGGCCUUCCGUGGCUUCCUGAUACCCAAGGGCACGGAUGUCAUCACCCUCCUCAACACUGUGCACUAUGACCCCAGCCAGUUCCAGAAGCCCCAGGAAUUCAACCCUGAGCAUUUUCUGGAUGCCAAUCAGUCCUUCAAGAAGAGCUCUGCCUUCAUGCCCUUCUCAGCUGGGCGCAGACUGUGCAUGGGCGAGUCGCUGGCACGAAUGGAGCUCUUCCUCUUCCUCACCGCCAUCCUGCAGAACUUCACAUUGCAGCCGCUGGUGGCACCCGAGGACAUCGACCUGACUCCACUCAGCUCUGGUCUGGGCAAUUUGCCUCGGCCUUUCGAGAUGUGCAUUAGUGCACGCUGAUGCCCCGACCCUCCGUCUCGCCUGUGAGCGUCGAGGCCCGCGCCUGGGCCACUCUGCCCCUCUUCUGGUUCCUUGGUCAGCCCUCAGCCGCCUCGCUGUCACAUUCUCUUCCCUGCACCCUGGGCCUGCCACGUGCCUGGCCUUCAUCCCUCCUCUCUGAAUCCCACCUGCACGCGAAGAAACACAAGGGGAAUGGGAAAGGUGUCUUGUACCAACAGAACUUGUUCUGUGAGGCACCUUGUGUUGGGCUUUUUGGAUCAUUUUCUAGCAAAUUAUCUUUGUUAUAGAUUCUAA